AUGGCAGGACUUGGAGGAGUUCAGAAUCUGAACGCUGAUGAACAGGCGAACGAACGACAACGCUUCUUCCAGGAAUUCAUAGAUCAAGACUAUGGACAGAGCGAAUACAAGGACCAAAUACGCAAGAUGCUUGCAGCUGGUGAACGACGAUUGGUCAUUAAUAUUAAUCACCUGAGGACAUACAAUGCUGAUUAUACUCAAGGACUACUCCUACAUCCAACGGACUACAUCCCACCUUUUGAACGAGCUCUCAAGGACGUAGCACUCCUACUCCACAAUCCAGCCCGUGAUGGCAAGAUCUCUGAUACCGCUAAAUUUCAUGUUGGAUUUGAAGGUUCAUUCGGUGAUAAUUUGUUGAGUCCUCGUAAUUUGAGUGCCGCUCAUUUGGGCAAGUUGAUUUGUGUUGAAGGAAUUGUUACGCGAUGCUCUUUGGUACGACCCAAAGCUGAACGUACUAUUCAUUGGUGUCCAGUCACAAAUGUCUUUCAUUCCAAAGUCCAUACGGAGGAAUCGUUCAAUGGCCCAAUUUACCCUAAAGCGGAUGAUGCCGGCAAUGCACUAGAAACUGAAUUUGGAUGGUCUACGUAUCGUGACUACCAGACAAUUAGUCUUCAGGAAAUGCCUGAACGUGCACCUGCUGGUCAAUUGCCACGUCCAAUUGAUGUAGUGCUGGACGAUGACAUCGUAGACGUUUGCAAACCGGGUGAUCGUGUUCGUAUUGUUGGAAUUUAUCGAAGCACUAAGCGGAGGAGUGAAAACUCAUCGGCAUUCUGGACUGUGCUUGAGGCCAACAACAUUCGUUCUCUCGGCAAAGAGAUUCAACAGCCAUUGAUUUCUGAUACCGACAUUCAAGAAAUCAAAAAGAUUGCCAAGAAGGAAAACGCUUUUGAUUUGUUAUCAUCUUCAUUGGCUCCAUCUGUCUUUGGACAUAAUUACAUCAAGAAGGCUAUUCUAUUACUCUUGCUGGGUGGUGUUGAGAAGAAUUUGCCUAAUGGAACGCACAUCAGGGGGCAAGUGCAAGAAAGAGCCAGAAGUGACAUCAACAUGCUAAUGAUUGGUGAUCCAUCCACUGCCAAGUCUCAAUUACUUCGUUUUGUCCUCAACAUUGCUCCUCUUGCUAUUGCUACGACUGGAAGAGGAUCUUCUGGUGUUGGGUUGACUGCUGCUGUGACCACUGAUAAAGAUACUGGUGAACGUCGAUUGGAGGCUGGUGCCAUGGUCCUAGCUGAUCGUGGUGUCGUCUGUAUUGAUGAGUUCGACAAGAUGAAUGAAUCAGAUCGUGUUGCCAUUCACGAAGUUAUGGAACAGCAAACUGUCACCAUUGCUAAAGCUGGAAUUCAUACAUCCUUGAACGCUCGUUGCUCUGUGGUUGCUGCUGCCAAUCCUGCAUUUGGUUCUUACGUUGAUGCUAAGAAGCCAUUCGAGAAUUUUGCUCUUCCAGAAUCGCUAUUGUCUCGUUUCGACUUGUUAUUUGUCGUCUUGGACAAUCUCAGUGAUGAACACAAUCGUUUAAUCUCAGAGCACGUCUUGAGAAUGCAUCGCUAUGUACCUGCUGGUCAUGAAGAAGGAUCUCCCAUACCAGACGUACCCUUCCAAUUGCUCAGCAUGGACGAUGAUGAGCCUACACGAACUAGAGUAUAUGAGAAAUUCAAUCCACUUAUUCAUGGUGCUUUGGCAGCUGCUCCAGCCGGUUCACGUUCACGUUCUCGACGUGGUCGUACUGCUGGCAUGCCAGAGAUUAUCUCAAUCCCAUUCCUGAAAAAGUAUAUUCACUAUGCCAAGACUCGAGUCAAGCCCAUCUUGACUGAAGAGGCUAGUGAUAUUAUUUCAGAAGCUUAUGCUGAUCUGAGAGGUCGUAAUGAGGGAGAAGAUAACAAGUACAAGACAUUGCCAAUCACUCCACGUACAUUGGAAACCUUGAUUCGUCUAUCAUCAGCACAUGCCAAGGCUCGCUUAUCAAACAAAGUAGAAGAACAAGAUGCAGAAGCUGCCAAAGAAUUGCUGCAAUAUGCACUAUUCAAAGAAGUUGUUGAAAAGAAACGUAAACCUAAACGAAGACGUACUGAAGGAGACGCUGCUAAUGAAGAUUCUGAUGGAUCAGACGGUGGUGAUCCAGAGCAUGGUGGUGGGGGAGAUGAUGAUGCGUACAGAGAGACGAAGGUCAAGUCUAAGAAGAGUAGUGGAACAUCAAAGGAACCCGCUAUGAAGCUUGGUGGAGGAGGUAUUGAUAUCAAGGUUGGACCAGCUGAUAAAGACGAUGCUCUUCCAGAAGACGAUAUUCGUGAAGAAGAGCCAGAGGACGAUGAACCAGAACAGCCUGGUAAUGCUAUGGACAUUGACGAAGAGGAGGCUGCACCAGCAGCUGAAGAAGAAGAACAGCCACCUGUUGUUCUUGAUGACCAGAGGUAUGAAAUGUUCAAAGAACGUCUUCACCUCGUGCGAGAGACAUGUGAACGUGAAGCUGCACGUCGAGGAGACGACAGUGCCAGCAUUAUGGUGCAUGAUAUUCCAGAUAAAAUCAAUCCUGGAUUACCUGGAUCGUCACAAUUUGUUGCACCGGAAGUUAUGGCUGGUAUUAUGAGAGCCUUUGAUGAGAAUCUGAUCUUUUAUGAUUCCAAGAAUCAGAAUGUAAUAUUCAUGUAG